CCAAAAUGCUUGUUAACUAACCUCUUAAGUCUUUAGAGAUCCAAUUUUAAAUUGAAGUCAAAAUUCAAAGAAAGGAAAAAAAAAUGGUCAAACAAGCAAAGCCAGAAAGCCUAUCAGUACUUUUGAAUCCAAUAAAUAAUAUGAAGACACAUACAAACAAUGAAUAUAUAUUUCCCAAUCAAAUUGGGGUGACCAAACCAGAAACAUAAACACAUGGAUCAAAGAAAGAAAAUUUUGAUCAAAUCAAUCUCUACUUUGCUGAUCAUUCUUCUCUGUGCAGCAAAUAUAACAGAAUCAACAAACCCUAGCAAGAAGCACUUUGUACUGGUUCAUGGUUCCUGCUUUGGUGCUUGGUCAUGGUACAAGCUUGUGACCUUAAUGAAGUCAUCUGGUCACAAUGUCACAGCCCUAGACCUAGCUGCUUCUGGGGUUGACCCUCAGCAGGCAAAAGAUCUGCAAUCAAUUUCUGACUACUUCAAGCCCUUGACGAAUUUCAUGGCAGCUCUUGAUCCUCCACAUGAUAAGGUCAUCCUUGUUGGUCACAGUCUUGGUGGGUUGGCCAUUUCUUAUGCCAUGGAAAGAUUUCUAGAUAAGAUAUCUCUAGUUGUUUUCAUCACUGCCUUAAUGCCUGGCCCGACCCUCAACAUCUCCACUCUUAAUCAAGAGUCGUUCAGAAGACAAAGAUCUCUAUUAGACAGCAAAUACACAUAUGACCAAGGCCCAAACUAUCCUCCAAUCACUCUCACAUUCGGCCCAUUGUUCUUGGCAACAAACGUGUACCAACUCAGCCCAACUGAGGAUUUAGCACUAGGCACCAUGUUAAUGAGACCUCAACGCUUGUUUAGUGAAGAGGACCUGUCCAAAGAACUCAAGCUAACCCGUGAGAAAUACGGGUCGGUCAAUCGGGUUUAUGUCUUAUCCGGCGGAGAUUUGUUGACGGAGAAGGAUCUCCAACGGUGGAUGAUUAAGAGGAACAGGCCAAACGGUGUGGUGGAAAUCACAGGAUCUGAUCACAUGGUCAUGAUUUCUAAGCCAUUAGAGCUGUGGGUGCAUAUCCAAAGAAUUUCUGAGAAAUAUUCCUAAUUGUUAAGUUAUUUUGUAAAAAUAAAAGCCAUGGAAAUUGGAUUUCUUAUUAGGCUAAUAUGCAUCAUGUAAUCGUUGUCUUCUAGAUAUCCAACCAGACACUAAAGCAUCAUUUGUCUGGAACCAAUAAUGUAGAUACAUCCAGGAUAUUUAAUUUCAGAAAUUAAAUAAUUUAGCAUCAUUUGCCUUGGAGUUUAGUGGAUGUGUGACCUUUUUGUAGUGAACUUCAACAUUUGUUACAAAUUCUGCUCUGGACUUUACGUAUGAAUACAAUCACACCUGCCCUAUCCAUCUACCUUCUUGAUUAAGAUAUUACAUAUAUGUAUACUAUAUAAGAAAAAUAUAUUAGAGAACUUCAAUUAAGAAAUAUCUAAAAUAUGCUUAGUUGAUAAACACGUUUGUAGAACGCACUUUGUAAAAGAUCCAAAUUAUCUAAUUUUUAGAUAUUCCUUUAAGGAAAAUGUCUAUAAAAAAUUACUUGAAUCGAAAACCAUGUAACAAGCAGCUCAAUUCAAUAGUAGUCAUUUUAUUGUUUCCUAAAAAUACCGUAUUCGUCUAUUUUGUUACUCACAUCUAGAUGUUUUAAUGAUUUUCAAUUUAUCGAACUUUUUGUGAAGAUAAUCUAUAAAUAAUAGACGGUUUGAAUUGCAUAAUUAAAAUUCACAGUGAACUUUACAAGUUAUACCUCAAUAACACGAGAAGAUAUUUUUGGUUUGAUAAAGACCCUCCUCUUAAACAAUUCCAAUUAUAGUACACAUGGUUGGCGAAUUAGAGUUAAAAUAUUCCAUGAAAACAAAUUAGGGACAACUAGUAAAAAAGUAGCUGAAAUAUCCUAAAUCCUAAUUAGCUUUUCAGAACAGAAGCACAAACAAUCUAUUUUUUUGCUUUAUAAAGUUUGCCACAUAUUACAAACUCUUGUUUUAUAAACAAAGGUAAGAUCAUUGCCAUUAAGAAACAGCAAAAACACUUGAGUUUUUUGCCUCAAAAAGCACAAAUAUAGAACAAUGCCUUAUGAGCUGUUUUCUAUUAGUGAAAAUGCAAUCCCAGAGACAUGAACUUAGUUAAGGGAGCGGGGAGCGGAUGUGCUCCGUCCUCCGCAUCCGAGUUCAAAUUCUCCUCCUCUUGUAGUUUAGAUUAGAUUAAAGUGAAAUAUCGUUUGUAUUAAAAUAAAAAUAAAAGCAAUCCCAUGAGCUAAGUAACCAAAUUAACCAGCCAUAUUGAAGCAAACAGUACCAUACUAAAAUUCCCAGAAGCAUAAAAAAUAAAUAUAAAUUAAAUUAAAUUUAAGCAAUGGAGAUUGAAAAUUGACAAUGGUCUCAAACAUUACCAUAUCAGCUGUAAAUCAUAUGGCCAAAAAAAUUCCAUGACUAAAUUCACAAGCAUAUAUAUGGGUAGAUUUUUCUCACAAAUGAAUAAAGCUACAAAUCUCUACUGGAAAAAGGAAAUUAAGCUCUUAAAAAAGUACAGUUAAUUUGCACCAACCUGAAGCUUUACAUGAGAGAUAUGAAAA